AUGGAAUCACAUGGAAUCACACGGAAUCAAUGGAAUCAAUGGAAUCACACAGAAUCAACAGAAUCACAUAGAAUCAUGGAAUCAGCUGUUUCCCCCUUGGAUCAGAUUCAAUCCAUUUUGGCAACAGAACGUAAUUUUGUAUUGCAUUCCCAAUCACCUGUGUGGCCAAAUGAUCGUAUUGCCGAGAUUCAACACGCAGACUGGUAUCGGUCAAUUGCUGAAAAUGAAGAUAAAUCUAACUUUAUAACCCUCAUGUUGAAUGUUGACGGAAUAGCCAUGUCGGGAAGUUCAGAUAACAGCCUUUGA